AUGCCGCGCGGUUUCCUGGUCAAGCGCAGCCGAAGAGCCGGCGGCUCCUACCGGGCACGCCCGCGGGAGCGGGACCCGGGUCAGGACCCUCCGCCCGCUCCACCGCCGCCCCCGCCGCCCGCCGGCGGGGACAGUCCCGCCGCUAGACAAGGAGCGGGACAGGGGAAGGGCGAGGGGGAGGAGGGAGCCGUCGCCGCUUGCACCGCGACGUGGCCCCCCGCCGGCGGCUGCGGCGGCCCAGGGCUCACCCCGCCGGAGGCUCCGGCCGCCUGGGGGGCGACGGGGCCGUGCAGCGCGGCGGGGCCGCGGGCGGCUCUCUUCGAGCGGUGCCUCAGCUCCCCCGCCUCCGCCGAGUCCUUCCCCCUGGCCGCCUCCUUCCCGCCCGCCGAGAAGCUGCUGCUGCAGCCGCGCACGCCGCUGCCCGCCCCGCCGCUGCCGUCGGUGCCCGCGCUGAAGCGGCCGUCUCGGGCCAAGGCGCCGGCCAAGAAGGGCAAGGCCACGCGGAAGCUGAGCUUCGCCGACGAGGUGACCACCUCGCCCGUGCUGGGGCUGCGCAUCAAAGAGGAGGCCCCCGAGGGCCGGCCGGGGCCGCCGGCGGGGCGCACGCCGCUGGGCGAGUUCAUCUGCCAGCUGUGCAAAGAGCAGUACGCGGACCCGCUGGCGCUGGCCCAGCACCGCUGCUCCCGCAUCGUGCGCGUCGAGUACCGCUGCCCCGAGUGCCACAAGAUCUUCAGUUGUCCCGCCAACCUGGCCUCGCACCGCCGCUGGCACAAGCCGCGUCCCGGCCCCAGCGCGGAAGGCGCAGCCUCCGCCCCGCCGGGCAAGGAGAACAGCCCCGAGCGGCGGCCCCGCGGCCCCGCCGCGCCCCAGCCACCGCCGCCAGCCCGUCAGCACCGCGGCGGCGCGGACAGCGCCGGCGGCACCCCGGCCGCUCCCGGCUCCAGCCCCGGCCCAGCUCACGGCGGCCCGCAGGGUCCGGGAGGCGGCCCCGGCGGGGAGGCGUUCGCCUGCCCCUGCUGCCAGAAGCGGUUCCGGCGGCAGGCUUACCUCCGCAAGCACCUGGGCACCCACGGGGCAGCGCGGCCCGCCGCCUUCGGCCCGCCGGAGCGCGGGCCCCUCACCUUCGCCUGCCACCUCUGCGGCGCCCGCUUCCCCUCGGCGGACAUCAGGGACAAGCACCGGCUGUGGCACGCCGUGCGGGAGGAGCUGCUGCUGCCGCCGCCGCCGCCUGCCGGGGUACCCGAGAGCGGCGCGGCGGGCGGAGAGCGGCAGGGCUUCCCCUGCAAACACUGCCCCGCCACCUUCUUCAGCGCGCCCGGGCUGGCGCGGCACGCCAGCAAGUGCCACCCGCCCGAGAGCAGGCAGGUCCUGCUGCUCCAGCUGCCCGUCCGGCCGGGCUGCUAG